AUGUCAAGCGCAGCGUCCGAUACACUCCUCGAUUUUGAUCUGUGCCCCACUGAUCGACUAUUCAUAUUGUGCUUUUUACAUUCUGGUGAGCUGCAGGUGAAUUUCAGGUGGUUUCGUGAAGGGCGUUUUCCAGUGUCGCUGUUCCAUGGUAUGGCUCUACUUAUUGGCGAUGGUGAGGGUGAUAUCUGCGACAAAAAGGGCUUUUCUUUUUGUCGGAAAACACCGGUAAUGCCACUUCGCGAGUACGUGCGGACAGUUCUGGUACUUUGUCAGUUAUCGAAUGUGCCUACCCAGCCACUGAUUUGCUCAUUUGAGCAGGUAAUUUUGUGUAUGUGUGUGUGUGUGUUUGCAGCGAUUCAGGUCAGUUUGUGCAUUUGGCCGCGUGUUGGAAUACAGAUAAUUUCAAUGUUUUUCAUCAGCACGCUUGUGGCUGGUGCACAUUUGAUGGAAAUUAGAAUUGCAAGCUCUUUUACGCAUAUUUUUGAAAGAUGUAACAACGGAAGAAUUCUGGAGAAAGGAUGCAAAAAGUGCAUUUUUUUGUCUGUUGAUCUCUCGUGGUCUGCAGUUGGAAUACAUGAAACAGUUGCAAUUCGUAAUUUGGUUCUCCAGCCAUGCAGCUGA